CUAGCUAGCCGGCUGACUCGCUGACUGCAAGGUGGGGGACUCCUCCCCAAGUGCUCUCCGGGGCCGCAUCGGGCCCGAUCGCCGCACCCGGGGAAAGGGAAAGGGAGAGGGGGGCGGCGCCCUCGCAGCCGCAGAGCCGCAGUUGCGGCCGGUGCCCGCCGCAGCACCCCGAAACCCACCCCCAGGAGCCAUGGGCAACAUCUCCUCCAACAUCUCGGCCUUCCAGUCCUUGCACAUCGUCAUGCUGGGGUUGGACUCGGCGGGCAAGACCACGGUGCUCUACCGGCUCAAGUUCAACGAGUUCGUCAACACCGUGCCCACCAUCGGCUUCAACACCGAGCGCAUCAAGCUGAGCAACGGCACGGCCAAGGGCAUCAGCUGCCACUUCUGGGACGUGGGCGGCCAGGAGAAACUGAGGCCGCUCUGGAAGUCCUACAGCCGCUGCACGGACGGCAUCAUCUACGUGGUGGACUCCGUGGACGUGGACCGCUUGGAAGAAGCCAAGACCGAGCUGCACAAGGUGACCAAGUUCGCCGAGAAUCAGGGCACCCCGUUACUGGUCAUCGCCAACAAGCAGGAUCUCCCCAAGUCGCUGCCCGUGGCCGAGAUCGAGAAGCAGCUGGCCUUGCACGAGCUCAUCCCGGCCACCACCUACCACGUCCAGCCGGCCUGCGCCAUCAUCGGCGAAGGCCUCACCGAAGGCAUGGACAAGCUCUAUGAGAUGAUCCUGAAACGCAGGAAGUCUCUCAAGCAGAAGAAGAAACGGUAAUGCGUGCA